UUCACUCCCAGUCCACAAUCUGAUUCAACCUCUGAUCCGGAGAUCAACCUCUUGUUUGGCCUAAUAGAAUUUUUGUGCUACAGAAUACAAUGGUUCUUAAACUCUUCGUCUGCCUCGUGGUGCUUGGCCUUGCCAAUGAGGGUCACAGUGCUUGUACAGACCCCGCUAUCAUAGGGCCAUGUCGGGGGCAGUUUUACAGGUAUUUCUUCAACCCAGUAUCAGUGUCAUGUGAGCUUUUCAUCUAUGGGGGCUGCGGGGGCAACGACAACAACUUCGUGACUCUGGAGGAAUGUCAGACCGCUUGUCCUCCUGAAGCCAAGAGAGAGGUCGCCAUCAAUCCAGACUGCAACCUGCCCAAGUGAAAGUGGCCUCUGUAUGGCCUACUUCCCGAGAUACUUCUACAACCCGGCAACCGGAGCCUGCGAGCACUUUAUUUAUGGCGGGUGCAUGGGCAAUGCCAACAACUUCCUGUCUGUAGCAGAC